UCCGUAAAGGAGGACAUUAUACUCUGGCGCUUUGCGGAAACAUCGAAUGCGGAACAAAUUGUAUCGAGUUGCACCGGCGCAGCCCAUCAAGACAGAUAGACAGUGAAGCACAGAAAAAAAGAGGGACAGUGUUCAUCACUGUAGGAUGGACUGGCCCAUGGAUCUGCUCCCAUUGCCCCCCUGUGCUGAGCUGGGGGUCCGUCCUCUGAAUGGGCUCCUGUGGACCCUGCUGCUCCUCUUCCUAUGGUAUUGUUACAGGGUGGGCUCUGACCCGCCAGCUCCAGGCCGAGCCAUCCCAGGUAAGCACAAGUCCGGCUCCAGGCGCUCUGUGUUGUCCCGCGCCGGCAGCUGUGCUGGAGCAGUGUGCAGUGCCACAUCAAAUGUGGCCACUGGCGAUCGGGGGACUCCCUGCAUCACCAUGGAGACGGGAGAGGAGGAGCAGGGGCAAGGAUACCUGACCCCUGUGCUGAGCCAUGCCCUGUUCCCACCCCAGGCCACAGCGAGUGGCAGGAAGCUGUAUGCAGCACUGCAGGAGUAUGCAAAACGCUACAGCUGGGCUGGCAUGGGACGCAUUCAUAAAGGACUCCGGGAGCAGGCCACAUUAAAUGAUCGCUCCUCCAUCCAAAAGCCUCAUCUCUUCUUCCUCCCAGAUGUCCCCAGCAUUCCUUUUUUCCCACGUGACGCCCAUCGACAUGACAUUGAGGUCUUGGAGGCCAACUAUCCCAUAAUCCUCGCAGAGUUUCAGGCGGUCUACCAGAGAGGCAUUGAUCCAAAGAUUGGCUGGACCAGCCUGGGACCUAAGGGCCAAGCCGUGUUCCCCUUGUACAGCGCAGGCGUGUGUGUAGCAGGGAACUGCCGCUCCUGUCCCUGCACCUACCGCACUCUUCUCUCCUUGCGCACCUUCAUAAGUAGCAACUCCCUGGGGGCCGCCGGGUUCUGGCUGCUAGGGCCUGGGGCCACACUAGGGGGAGUGUAUGGCCCCACCAAUACUCGCCUACGCUGCCACCUCGGAGUGCAGACCCCACCUCAGUGUGAGCUGGUAGUGGGAGGAGAGCCUCAGUGCUGGUCAGAGGGACACUGCCUCCUGGUGGAUGACUCCUUCCUGCACACUGUCUCCCAUAAUGGGGUGGCAGAGGACGGGCCACGGGUGAUUUUCAGUGUGGACCUCUGGCAUCCAAAUGUGGCUGCAGCAGAAAGACAGGCCCUGGACUACAUUUUCUGCCCUGACCAAUGAACUACAACUUCCACUGUGCACAUGUUCUAGUUGUGCUCCACCCUUAUUUGAUAUGAGGGAAAGGUGCCCAAACCUCGUCUCGAGGGCUGUGCUCUUCAACCUCAAUGUUCAUCCAGUCCGAGUAUCACUGUGUGUGUUACCAGUGAAUCCACUGAAACAGUCCAAAUAGCCAAAGGGAGCUUACCCACCUUUAUUUAACUAGGAAAGUCAGUUAAGAACAAAUUCUUGUUUACAAUGACAGCCUACCCCGGCCAAACUCAGGCGACUCCCUAUCACGGCCGGAUGUAAUAAAGCCUGGAUUUGGUUGAGUUGUCAACUAAGCUGAAUUCACUGUGAAAAUAAAUAAAUAAAUCCCCAUGUCAUUGGAUUUCGGUAAAACGUUGGGUCAAAAAAAGACUACAAUUUCCUUAUGUUGAUGACUUCUUUAAAAUCCAUGUUGAUUCAACAUCAUGCCAUAACAUUUUGGGGGUUGGAAUGACAUAUAAACAACAUUGAUUCAACCAGUUUUGACCAGUGGGUAGAAACAGAAUGAACGUACAGUCAUUUAAGAUCAGAACUGGUCUUUGCUGCUUUAAACUGCACACGUGCACUCACACACACAUUUGGACUGCACUGUCUUAAUAACAAAACAUACAAAUGACAUUGCGGAUUGAUCACAGCUUUUUGAUAGGUGACCUCAUGAUGCAAAGGAAUCCUCCAAUAAAACAAGUAAAUAUUUAUUAUUUUGUAGAACUGUAUCAUCACAGUUUUUGCUCAACACAUGGUUUUCAUAAGUAACUGCAGAAACUGUGAGGGAAAAAAGUCAAUUAACCACUGUUUUAUCUAUUCAGUUUUGUUAUUAUACUGUGAUCUAGAUAUUUAAUUUGGUUUGACUCAAUAGAUUUUUUGUGAGCAUGCUUAAAUAUAUAUAUAUAUAUAAACUCAGCAAAAAAAGAAACGUCCUCUCAUUGUCAACUGCGUUUAUUUCCAGCAAACUUAACAUGUGUAGCUAUU